AACACACUUUAAGUGGCAGUAUGAGCAUUCGCCCAGCCAGACCUCCCUCCUGAUCGCUGCUGUGUCGCUCAUCACUGUGACGCUCAUCACUUCUUCAUAUCACACUGAGAACACCAGACGUAUGGCACUCUUCCAUUUAACGGUAUAUUUACUGUUGGCAUGCCUCUACAGUUUGACAGAGUCGACGUCAAACCAACCGAGGAUGACAAUCACAGAGAAUGAGACUUCAAUAAAAAGGAUACCUUUACCUGGACACCAUGCACCUGUCGGGAUGGUUCUGGAAAGAGAGCCCGACACUGUCAUAGCUGCUGGACAAACGCACCUCCAUGAAUUCCACUUUCAAAAUAAUCCUCAGAAGACUCCUGAGGUAAAAAGCGUGUUGUGGUCAGAAUGCAUCGACAAAGGGCCUCUCCAAAGAAAGAAAGCGAAUUGCAACUAUAACAUCACUUUGGUCCAGAAGAAGUCAGAGGACAACCAGGUCUUUCUGUGUGGAACCAAUGGCAAGGACACAGUCUGCUGUGACAUGGAUUUAGCAAAGCAGUCACCCGUGUGCAUUCCCUCUGAAAAAACAGACAACAUAAAAAAAAACAUAAAAGAAUUUGUCAUAAAGGAAGGCGAACCGUUUGCCCUUGUUGAAUCAGAAGAUAGUGAUCUCUUCAUCACAUACUCUGGAUCUCAAGAUUUAGUUGGCAUCUUCAAGUUUGGGAAAAACCGAAUUAUACCGCCACGAUAUGAUAAAGAGCAGCACUAUGUGGGUUUGGUGCCCAUCAGACGGGAAGACGACCCCAUGCAGAGCAAAGUGUAUGCCUUCUUUAAGGAGAAAAACACAGGCGUUUACAGUGAAAUGUGGCUCCCUUUUGUGACCCGGGUUUGCAUGGAAGAUCGUGGUGGUAUCAAGAACAGUUUGCAGUUCAGCUGGACGUCCCAGCUGAAAGCCAGGCUCUUCUGCGGAGACCCUGACAGCAGAAAACACUUCUCUGAACUGGUGGAUGUGGCCACUGUACAUGCAGACCAGUGGCAAAAUACCACGGUUUAUGCACUCUUCAGAAAUGAAUGGGGUAUGAGUGCUGUGUGUGUCUACACGAUACAAGAUAUUGAAAACAUCUUCACAACCUCCAAUUUUAAAGACUCCGACACUCAGUCCGAGAGGCCUAGACAGUGUGUUGCAGACAGCACAAAACUUUCUUCAGAGGCUCUGAGGUUGAUCAUAAUGAAUACUGAGCUGCACGAAUGGGUCCGGCCCGUUUACAACUCCAGCCCACUUCUCUUUAAUCACCACAGUUACACUCACAUCUACGUUGACAGUUCCCAGAACAAUCACCCCGCCGUCCUGUUCCUGUCUCUAAAUAAUGGAGGAAUUCACAAGGUGAUGCAGAGUAAAAAUCUGACGUUUGUCAUCGCUGAGUACCGACCUUUCAACCACAGAGCCCACAUCCUCCACAUGGUCCUAAACCCUUCCACUAGGAAGCUGUAUGUGAACUCGGGAAGUGAACUGGUCCAACUGGAUGUGGCAAACUGUGCCCAGUAUGGAAACAGCUGUCAGGAUUGUGUAUUGGCCAGAGAUCCCUACUGUGGCUGGAACGGCACCCACUGCACCCCUGAUGGCAAACUACAGGAUGUGACCAGAGGGGACCAUUCCAUUUGUGUGUCUACGUCAAGGCUCCAGCAACUGGUACCAGCAGUGUCAAGAUAUUCCACUGACAAAACUGCAGACAAGGCCAAGGGCAGCAUCACACUUCCACCUGACUCCAAGUAUUUCCUCCAGUGCCCAAUGUCGUCCCAUCACGCCCAGUAUACCUGGUGUCACCCUGAAAGCAACACAUCCUGCAGUUCAAUGGAGCAGCAGUGCCUUUUUCUUAUUGAUAGCAUGGGUCCUGAGCAGGUGGGCACUUACACAUGUGUUUCAGAGGAGAUGGGCUACAGCAGAGUCCUGGCCCAGUACCAACUACGGCUGGGGAACAGGGCGGCUGGCUGGUCAUCAAGCCCACUGGUAUGGCUCUGUCUAAUGGCUGUUCUAAUCAAGAGUGUGGCCUGUUAGUCCCAGUAAACAACACUUCCUACUUCCUAAUGUCUGCAUUCAUAAUGAGGGCUGCAACAUUAUAACUGAAAUUUUGAACUUUUGAACUUUUAGUCCGAAUUAUAGUUAUUUGUCUUUAAUUUAAUGUAACAAAAUCAUUUUUGCAGAACUUUUGGCAUCUAUGCAUCAGCGUUAUUUUCAAGUGCAGUAGAAGUUAAUGAAAAAUAGAUGUUGUAAUCUUGCCAAAACUUUUUUUUGAUAAUAGAAAUUAAAAUAGCAAAAAUACUGAAUGUAAAAAUUAGGCAGAGCCUUCAAAUACAUAUUUUCAAAUCAAUCUGAAUCAGAAAAUGUUUGUAAAAGCUAUUUUACUAUUCCUCAUUUAGCAUAUCUGAAUCCGUUAAAAGGGAGUAGGUCCUUCUUUGGUAUUAUCACAUUUGCAUAAGGUCACAGAAUAAAAAAUGGUAAAUUAAAAAAAAAAAGUUAAUGUUAAAAACAUAACCUUUGUAAAAUACUCCUUGUUCUUUUUAGAUGCAGACCAAUUGAAUGUGUAUUAUUUAAGACCAUGCCAAAUAGAACAAUUCAUGUAUUAGUUGAAAUUUAUGUCACUUCUGCCAUCAUCUUUGGAUCAAGAAAUCCAUGUACAUCUUCAGCUUUGGAAACUGGUAGAAGUCUACACAAAAAUCUCUGGGGUUUAUAUUAUUUUUCAGAAAACUAGAUGCUUAUAGCUGGAAUAUAUUAAUACAAAAUGAUCAAUUUAAGUGAUUUCACACGCAGAAAAAGCUGCGGGUAGCCAGGGUAGCCUAAAAUAUGCAUUGCACUGCGUUGCAUUUGAGUUAUUGUAAAAUACGUGUGAUACAAUCCGUUUCCCUUUAAUGUGAAAUUUGUUCUGUCCUAGCUGUAAUUUCCUCUCUUGCGUACUACCUCAGACUUGCUUAACCGACUU